AUGGAGAAGCUUCCCACGGAGAUGGAAGAGAACAUACUUAGUCGAUUAACAAUGGAAGCAGCUUUACCUGCCAAACAGUAUGAUCCUAUUCUGGGGAAGAUGAACUACAAUUUCUCUUAUGAUAGUAUUCAGAAUAUACACCUUCGCAAAUUUGUUAAAGACGACAGUUACAUAAAUAACAUUCUUGGAUCAUGCAAUGGUUUGGUUUGCUUUGGACCUGGAAAGAGUCUCAAAAAAAAAUUCUUUAUUUGCAAUCCCUUUACAGGAGAAGUUGUUUAUGUUCCCGUAUGGGAAAACUGGUCUUGUUUUAUGUCUGGGUUAAGCGGGUUUGGUUACUGUCAUUCAACGAAUGAGUACAAGAUUGAUCCAUCCAUUUCCCCAUCGGAUUCAGCUGCAGCAGGUAUCUACGCAAAUGGGGCUCUUCACUGGCUGCGCGACAAGGAUAAGAUCGUAGCCUCCGAUUUGGAAGAUGAAAAUUUCCAGGUUAUCCCAUUGCCACGUUUUGAAUACAUGAAUGCCCUCAAGUUGUUGGGAGGGAAUAAUAUGUAUUUGAUGUCUACAUCUUCAUCCCUAAGUGAACCUUAUUGCAUGGAUAUUUGGGCUUGCAAGAGAAAACAUACUAACGCCACUAAUGGUUGUACUGGUGUGAAAGAGAAGUACAACGACAAGAAUUCAUGGAACUGGAUCAAGCAGUUCAGUAUAAAGCUGGACAGGAUAGAUUGGUGGUACUUAAAGCCCUUAGCAAUAACACGGAACGAUAAAUUUCUGUUGGGUUAUACAAACGAGACUCUCCAUUCUUAUGACCUUAAAACUUCGACUAAGAACGAAAUUUCAUCAAUGGACGUGCUACGGGCUGCAACAGGAUAA